AUUCGGAGGCAGGCGAGACGACCCGGUCGCGGCCUCCGCUGGAGGCGGCGGAGACGUUCGGGCCCGUCCGAGGAGGUGGCGGGAGAGUUUGUUAUCUUUCUUAACCAAACCCAUUAACAAAUGCUUUACCCAAAUCGGGUAACUGCGCCGAUGUAGGCCUCUUUCUCUCCUUCUCUAUCUAUCUCCCCACCUUUUUCUUUUUCUCUUUCUUUUUUUUUUUCUAAUCUUCGAACUUCUUUCUCCUCACCUGAUUAUGAAAUUAUGACAAAUCCCUUCGAGGUUUUGUUUCUUUUUCGACACCAUAUUCUCUGUUCUUGAAUUGGAUGUCAAAUCAUAACCCUUCCUUUGAUAUGACCAAAUCUAGUACUUCGGAUAACUCUGUUAAAAAUGACAAAAAGAAAAAGUCGAUUAUAUCCAACAUUUUUGGUAAGAAAGGAAAGAACGGGAGGAGCUCGGAUGACGACAUAUUCUCGCGCAGGGAAAUUGUUCUCGAUUUAGAGAGGAGGUAUGUGGCGAGGAGGAGCUUCUUGGAUGCAUCCCCUUUUGUUCGCAAAAGCUUUUCAGAUAGACACUGUAGUUCGCGGAUCGAAGGUUUGAAUCUGUGCGGCUUUGAUCGGCCCAAGCGGCAAGUCGUUGAAGUACAGGAAAUUCGGGUGUUUGUGGCAACAUGGAAUGUUGGUGGAAAACCUCCGAACAAUGGCCUCAACCUAGAAGACUUUCUACAAGUAGAAGGAUCUUCCGACAUCUAUGUGUUAGGGUUUCAGGAAAUAGUUCCUUUAAAUGCAGGGAAUGUGUUGGUCAUCGAAGACAACGAGCCCGCCGCAAAAUGGCUUGGCCUCAUCUGCCAAGCCCUCAACAAGCCCCGUGACCAAUCCGCUAAGGACGACUCCUCAGAAUCGAAUAGUGGUUCUAAACAUUAUAGGGAUUCCAAGUCCUCAAGCGGCCUCCUCUUCUUCCAAAAACCAUCACUCAAAGUCCUCAGUAAGAACUACCGCGUUGACAGUGCCCUUGUUAAGACCUGCAAUUGUUCUUCCGAGCCGUCCCGCAUGCGUAGAAGGGCGAGAGAGCUAAGAGAGUUCAUCUAUAGAAUAGAGUCGGGCUCCGAUGAAGAUUCCCCAACAACUGAUUUCUCAGGAUCUGAUCUUAGGAGUAACAUGAACUACUGCCUAAUUUCGAGUAAGCAAAUGGUGGGACUCUUUUUGUCAGUGUGGGUGAGAAGUGAGCUUGUGCAACACAUUGGACACCUAAGGGUGGCAUCUGUAGGUAGAGGGAUCAUGGGUUGUCUUGGUAAUAAGGGGUGCAUUGCAAUCAGCAUGUCUCUGUUCCGCACGAGCUUCUGCUUCGUGUGCAGCCACUUAGCAUCCGGCGAAAAGGAGGGCGACGAGCUGAGGAGGAACUCAGACGUGGCUGAAAUCCUAAAGAGCACACAAUUUCCAAGAAUUUGCAAGGUCCCUGGCCGUAAAAUUCCUGAAAAAAUCCUCGAUCACGAUCGGGUGAUCUGGCUUGGGGAUUUGAACUACCGCGUUGCAUUAAGCUAUAAAGAGACACGAGUUCUUCUCGAGGAUAACGACUGGGACGCACUCCUAGAGAAAGAUCAGUUGAAGUUAGAGAAAGAAGCAGGUAGAGUAUUCACUGGGUGGAAAGAAGGCAAGAUAUAUUUUGCGCCUACUUAUAAAUAUUCCCAUAACUCGGACGCAUAUGCUGGAGAGACCGUGAAAUCUAAGAAGAAGCGUAGAACGCCUGCGUGGUGUGACAGGAUCUUAUGGUAUGGGAACAGCAUUGAACAGCUACAAUACAUAAGAGGAGAAUCGAGAUUCUCCGAUCAUAGACCCGUGUGUGCCGUCUUCAUGAUUCAGGUUGACAUGAGCAAUGGAAACAGAGGCAGAAAGGGCUACUCCAGCAUCUAUUCGAGCAUCGGCUCGAGAAUUCCGUUGGAAGACUGCAUACCUCAAAGGCACAGCUUCUAUGAGUUCUAACAGUUAUAAAGAGUUCAUCUGACUUGUACAUGUUUAUGGAUGAGAAAUUAGUCUCAUCAUGUCUAUAUAUAUAUAUUGCUUAUAGGUUUGUAUCAAGUACUCAAAAGAAGUCCUACAUAAGGUUAUCAAACAAGCCCAAACAAAGGCUCCGUCUCAUCAAUAUGUAAAAUAUUAUCACGUUUCUAGUCUCCUGCUCUUUAUUUUCUUUUAA